AUAUUUUAAAAUAAUAUUUUAUUUUUCGUCCAACCUAUUUCAAUAUUAAACAUAUUAGCAACACCUCGAAAUAGAACUCCUAAAGAUCAUUCGAAAUACCUCCAUUGCAGGCUUUUCAUACUCUUCCAGAAGUCCAAGGUUGUAUAAAUUUCUCUGAUCAAGUUGUUAUCGGGGAGACAAUGCAACUUUGGUUUCAGACAUUGUAAUUGAGAACUUUCUCUAUUGAUAUUUAUUAAUGCAAGACUGACAAGUUGAAGAUCAUAAAUUAGAAGGAACUGAGUGUUAAGUAAGUUAUGGAGCCUCUGUGGAAACUUUUAUAUUUGCUGGAGCCAGCACCCAUUACGCUCAUUGUGACUGCAGUAGCUGCAUCAUUUGGAUCUGCAUUUCGGGCUCUUAAUUAUGGGAAGGAGAUGGAGCGAAACCGUAACUUAUUUGAAGCAUCCAUCACAUUAGAUAGGUCACAAGCUCUAAUGAUCCCAAUAAUGAGCUCUUGCAGUUUGCUUUUGAUGUUCUACCUGUUCUCUUCUGUCUCACAACUCCUUACUGCAUUUACAGCCAUUGCCUCCGUUUCAUCCCUUUUUUUCUGCUUAUAUCCUUAUGCUGCAUAUAUAAGGUCACAAUUUGGUUUAACCGACCCAUUUGUGUCUCGUUGCUGCUCAAAGUCAUUUACACGAAUUCAAGGGUUAUUAUUCCUGGCAUGCUCUGGUGUUGUUGCCGCUUGGCUUGUUUCUGGCCAUUGGAUAUUAAAUAAUUUGUUGGGCAUCUCCAUAUGCAUUGCAUUCGUGAGCCAUGUGCGUCUCCCGAACAUCAAAAUAUGUGCAAUGCUUCUCGUUUGUUUAUUUGUAUAUGACAUUUUCUGGGUUUUCUUCUCUGAGAGGUUUUUUGGGGCAAAUGUCAUGGUCUCAGUGGCAACGCAACAAGCAUUGAAUCCUGUCCAUACAGUUGCUAAUAGUUUGAGCCUUCCUGGGCUGCAAUUGAUUACAAAGAAGCUGGAGUUGCCUGUGAAGAUUGUUUUCCCUAGGAAUUUGUUGGGUGGAGCAGUUCCUGGAGGAAAUGCUGCAGACUUCAUGAUGCUUGGGCUAGGCGACAUGGCUAUUCCUUCCAUGCUUUUGGCUUUAGUUCUCUGCUUUGAUCAUCGAAAGAGCAGGGAUUCAGUAAAUCUCUCGGACAUAAAUUCUUCGAAGGGGCACAAAUACAUAUGGUAUGCCCUUGCUGGGUAUGCGAUCGGGCUGGUAACCGCUUUAGCUGCUGGUGUUUUGACUCACUCGCCUCAACCUGCACUUCUUUAUCUGGUACCUUCUACACUGGGACCUAUUAUCGUGAUCUCUUGGAUGAGGAAGGAGCUAAUGGAAUUAUGGGAAGGAAGUAUGCCAAACCUAAACGAAAAAGCUCGCCAAACAGAAGUUUGAGAUGCCUAACGGUCCAACACAAGGAGACUGCUCGGUGCCUUUUAGAGGUUGUAGAUUCAUAUAAAAGCCAUCUCCUUGUCAAACUUCAGAAAAUCAACAAAUAUAUGUUUAUUUUGGUAUCAAACAUUUGGCAUCAGAUGUUUCGCUUUAAUUCCCCAGCAAUGAAAAUGGGAAAUUUAUGCAAA